AUGGACGCCUCCAAGGACAGAAAGUCUGCGCACAGAGAUAAGCGGACAAAGAUCAAGCAAAAGAAGAGCGACAAUGUUCCCGUCGAGAGGGUCGAGCCUCCCAUCGUCGCCGCAGCCGCCGCCGCCCGAGAGUCGAGCGAGGAUGACGAGUCGGCCACCGUUGAUGUCCCGUCAAAUAACGGAGAGGCGUCUGGGACGACGACGCCGCCCAAGACGUUUGCUGAGCUGGCACUGACACUCAUGCAGGGAAUUGUAGAAUCACUCUGCGAAGCCUGCGAGUCCCUCAACUACAAGCACCCGACGCCGAUCCAAGAAAAGUCAAUACCAGUCGCCCUCGAGGGCCGCGACAUUAUCGGUCUGGCCGAGACUGGAUCCGGAAAGACGGCUGCGUUUGCGCUGCCCAUGCUGCAGGCCCUGCUGGACAAGCCCCAGCCGCUGUUCGGACUUGUGCUGGCGCCCACGCGCGAGCUGGCCACGCAGAUUGGCCAGGCAUUCGAGGCGCUGGGCGCGCUCAUCUCCCUGCGCUGCGCCGUCAUCGUCGGAGGUCUGGACAUGGUGCCCCAGGCCAUCGCGCUGAGCAAGAAGCCCCACGUCAUCGUAGCCACGCCCGGCCGUCUGGUGGAUCACUUGGAGAAGACCAAGGGCUUCUCGCUCCGCACGCUCAAGUACCUGGUCAUGGACGAGGCUGACCGUCUUCUGGACAUGGACUUUGGACCCUCCAUUGACAGGCUGCUCAAGUUUGUGCCGCGCGAGCGCCGUACCUACCUCUUCUCAGCCACUAUGAGCUCCAAGGUCGAGAGCCUGCAGCGCGCUAGUCUGCGCGACCCCGUGCGUGUCAGCAUCAGCUCGAGCAAGUACCAGACCGUGUCGACGCUGCUGCAGCACUACCUCUUCAUCCCGUACAUGCACAAGGACACCUUCCUGGUGUACCUGGUCAACGAGUUUGCGGGCCAGUCCAUGAUGAUCUUCACACGUACCGUCUUCGAGGCCCAGCGCGUCGCUAUCCUCCUGCGUGCCCUCGGCUUCGGCGCCAUCCCCCUGCACGGCCAGCUGAACCAGACCGCCCGUCUGGGUGCCCUCAACAAGUUCCGCUCCGGCGCCCGCAACAUCAUGGUAGCCACCGACGUCGCCGCCCGUGGUCUCGACAUCCCCAAGGUCGACGUCGUCCUCAACCACGACCUUCCCCAAGACUCAAAGACGUACAUCCACCGCGUCGGCCGUACCGCCCGUGCCGGGAAAUCGGGUAUUGCCAUCACUAUUACCAACCAGUACGACCUGGAGAUCUAUCAGCGUAUCGAGGCUGCCCUCGGCAAGAAGCUCCCGGAGUACCCUACCGUCAAGGAGGAGGUCAUGGCUUUCCGUCCCCGCGUCGAAGAGGCCCAGAGGCAUGCCAAGAUUGAGAUGCGCUCGGUGGCCGAGCGUCAGGGCAGGAAGAAUGGCGGUGCCACUAUGCGUGCUAGGGCUAAUCGGGGUAGGAGAGAUAACAUGGAUGCUGAGGAGGGUUGA